CAACAGAAUACCUGGCGGACUGCUUGCUCGGCGGCCAUGGGGAAUCCAUCCGCGUGGUCAGCGUGCAGCGAGAUGGCCCAAGGUUGCGAGCCAUGGAGUACCGCUCCGGCACGGACUGGCGCUGCCACCCGUGGGUGGACGGCAUCGAUGUGGCCACACUGCGUAAGCCGGCAAUGCCAGCUGCCGCGGACGGGCUUAUAUUCUGGAGGCGUGACCAAAGAUCGUUGCUCCUCCUUGACACCAGCACCAUGGCAUUCUCCACGGUCCCUCUCCCAGCUCCACUGGUAGUCGUCUCAAAGAAUCCGCUAAGGCCAGUGUACACCAUAGGAGACACCGAGGCUGGCGUGUGUUGCCUUGUGGCCAUUGUCGGCAGAGCCACGCUGCAGGUGUGGCUACUCAAGACGAAUCACACUGGCAGUGGCGGCAGUGCAUGGGAGUUGGAGAAGCAAGCUCAGAAAUGCCAGUUCAUCAGCCUCUACCCGACAUUCCGUAGUAUGAGUAUGGUGUCUGCUGGACUAGCUCUUAUUUACUCUAAGGGUACCAAGUAUUCCCACUUUCUCAUUGAUCUCAACAACCUGAGCAUCAAGGAUAAGUUUCUUUGCCAUCGUUCCAUGGCUUACCCUUUCCAAAUGGCAUGGCCACCUGUUGGGUUUUUGCCUACUUCCACGCCUCAAACAUCUGCUUGCCGAGAUGCUGAAAAGCAACAGGAACAGGAAGCACCUUCUUCUAGUAGUAAGCGUAAGAGCAAGGAUGAAACGUCAAGUGGUAAAGAAACAAUGGGGCCUAGCAUCUCCAUAGCUUCUUUAGAGAAUGAACCAUCAGAGAAGAAAUUUUGCUAUGAGAUUGGACAACAUCUUAAAUAAAAGGAGAUUGUCACUUGCAAGCUUCAACGCCAUUACUGGGUGAUGUAGCUGAUUGAGUUGGAGCGCCAAGUCUGCCGACCCCUCGUGUUGAUCAAGACAAUAAAGAUCAGUUGUUAUUUUCCGAUCUCCUGUUCUGUUUGGUGUUCUGAUUUUAGACUUGUGACGCCAUGGCCUGUAAGGUGGCUUGCAGUACUCCCUCAGGCCCAAAUUAAGUGGCUCAGCCGUAUAGUGUCUAGUACAAGUGUACUCCUGAGCUGCGACAAUUAAUUUGGCUCAGGUGUAACAAAGAAUAGUGGUGUGUUUUUGGAGUUGUAAGAAUGUUAUAACCUGUUCUUCGUGCUGUUUAUUUUGUACUAGUAAUUCAAUGUUGUCCUAGCAGUGAAGGUCUUCGACCUGAAAUCAUACUACUGUUUCCUGCAAAA